AUGGCUUACAUAGAAGAUAAGUUUGAUUUGAUUGUCAUUGGAGGAGGAUCAGGGGGUUUAGCUUGUGCAAAACAAGCGAGUACUUUGGGAGCCUCAGUUUGUCUUAUAGAUUAUGUUACUCCAUCACCGAAAGGUAACACUUGGGGAAUGGGAGGGACUUGUGUUAAUGUGGGAUGCAUUCCCAAAAAAUUGAUGCACCAAGCAGCAUUACUUGGAGAAGCAAUUCAAGAUGCUGCUGCUUAUGGAUGGGUUAUCAAUGACUUAGACAAGGUUAAAAUUGAUUGGGAAAGGUUAAAACAAGCUAUUCAAAAUCACAUAAAAUCAGUGAAUUGGGUUACUAGAGUUAUUUUGAAAGAAAAUAAAAUUGAAUAUAUUAAUGGUAUAGGAAAGUUCAUUGAUAAAAACACUAUAGAAGUAACAACAAAAACUGAUUCUAAAAAUAUUUAUGGAAAAAAUAUACUAAUUGCUGUUGGAGGAAGACCCAAAUACCCUGAUAUUCCUGGUGCAGUGGAAUAUGGUAUUUCAAGUGAUGAUAUUUUUAAUUUACCAUCAGCUCCAGGAAAAGUAUUAGUUGUUGGUGCAGGCUAUAUUGCUCUGGAAUGUGCUGGUUUUCUAAACUCUUUUAAAUUUCCAGUCACAGUUAUGGUUCGUUCAGUCACACUGAGAAACUUUGACCAACAAAUGGCUCAUUUAAUUGAAAAAAAUUUGUCAGAUAGAGGAGUUACUUUUUUAAAAGAAACAUUGCCUGUUAAAAUUGAAAAAAAUAAUAAAAAUUUAACUGUAACAUAUAAAAAUUCAAAAAAUGAUCAAAUUAAAAAUGAAAAUUUUGAUAAUGUAUUAUUUGCAAUCGGAAGGAAAACCUCAACAGAAGGCUUGAAUUUACAAGCAAUAGGUGUAAAAAUUGAUAAAGAAAGUGGAAAAAUUAUAGCUGAAAAUGAAAGAACUAAUAUUCCUAAUAUUUAUGCUGUCGGUGAUGUUUUACAUGGAAAACCUGAGUUAACUCCUGUAGCAAUAGAAGCAGGGAAAUUAUUAGCAAAAAGGCUGUUUGGCAAUUCAAAUGAAUACAUGAACUAUGAAAAUAUUGCAACUACAAUAUUUUGCCCUUUAGAAUAUGGUUGUGUUGGACUCAGUGAAGAAAAAGCUAUAGAAAAAUUUGGGGAAGCAAAUAUUGAAGUUUAUCACACAUUUUAUAAGCCAACUGAGUUUUUUAUACCUGAUAAAUCUGCUGCACAGUGCUACUUAAAAGUUGUUACUAUGAGAAACGAUCCUAAACUAGUUCUUGGAAUGCAUUUUGUUGGGCCUUCGGCAGGAGAAAUUAUUCAAGGUUAUGCGGCAGCCAUGAAAUGUAAAUUUACCAUGGAUCAGUUAAUAGCAACUGUAGGAAUACAUCCAACUAUUUCAGAAGAAUUUACUAAGCUUGUAGUAACAAAGAGAUCUGGUAUAGAUCCAACUCCUCAAACUUGCUGCAGUUAA